AAGUGGGAGUAGUGUGAUGUCUUAGAGAGAGAAAUUCCAUAGCGUCUUUCGCUUCCAUAUUUGCUUCCUGUGAUAUUCUGGAGCCAUUUUUGGAAACUUUUCGGGACUUAUUCAACUCAACAAGACAUCCGGAAGAGAGCGGUUUGGUUGUUUUACUACAGUUUACGUUAAAACGGAGAGGGUGUUCGGAUAGAUGUGGUGGACAGAGUGACGAGAGGCUCUUCCAAGCUACAUAACUAACUCACUGACGCUAGCUUGCCAACGAUCGAGUUUUAGAAACAAGUUAGCAAGCGUGUCUUUUAAAACUUUGUUGCGUAAUUAGCUAAAUUGGCUAGUUAGGCAAUGCCACUUUUGAUUAUGAACAGCUAGCAGUGUAACUAGGUACGUAACUGACUAGUAUUGUGAUAUUAAAAGUAAGAUUGUUUUAUUAAUAUGAUGCCAGGCAGCAUGGGCUAGUUAGUCUAUCUAGCAAUCGCUGUUUGUUUAUAGUUAGCCUAUAGAACAGUUAACUAAUUUACCCAGUCAGCGUUAGCUUGAUGUGGUAGUUUGAACAUUUCAGACAAGCGUCGCUAAAGCCUGCUAAUUAGCCUACUAGAUGACCGCUAUCUUGGAUGUAAGUUGUGUCAGGUAAAUGUUAGCUAGCCUGCUAACCAUAGCCGGUUGUGUAUCGUGAUCCGUUUCCGCAUGGGCGAAGUUUUGGCCAGGCUGAAGUCGACACCCUGUAAUUCAAGGUUUACGGGACAUUUAAGUUUAAAGGCGUUGUCGAGCGUGUUAAGGGCCCGGACAUUUUAAGUUUGAUUUAAACGUUGAAACUGACCGCGUUACCGUUGCCAUGGCGUGGGCACUGAAGCUGCCGCUUGCCGACGAGGUGAUUGAGUCCGGACUGGUGCAGGACUUCGAUGCGAGUCUCUCCGGCAUCGGACAGGAGCUCGGAGCCGGCGCCUACAGCAUGAGUGACGUACUGGCGCUUCCCAUCUUCAAGCAAGAGGAGUCCAACUUGCCUCCUGAUGAGAACAAGAUUCUGCCCUUCCAGUAUGUGCUGUGUGCAGCCACUUCACCUGCGGUCAAACUGCAUGACGAGACACUCACCUACCUCAAUCAGGGACAGUCUUAUGAAAUUCGAAUGCUGGACAAUCGAAAAAUGGGCAGGCUUCCAGAAAUUACAGGCAAGAUGGUGAAGAGUAUCGUGCGUGUAGUGUUCCAUGACCGGCGCCUCCAGUACACUGAGCACCAGCAGCUAGAGGGCUGGCGCUGGAACCGGCCAGGGGACCGGAUCCUGGACUUGGAUAUCCCCAUGUCUGUGGGCAUUAUUGACCCUAGGGCGAACCCCACACAGCUCAACACUGUGGAGUUCCUCUGGGACCCAUCCACGAGGACGUCCGUUUUCAUCCAGGUGCACUGCAUCAGCACAGAGUUCACCAUGCGCAAGCAUGGUGGGGAGAAGGGCGUGCCCUUCCGCAUUCAGAUUGACACUUUCAAGGAGAAUGAGGGCGGGGACUACACUGAGCACCUGCACUCUGCCAGCUGCCAGAUCAAGGUGUUCAAGCCCAAAGGAGCAGACAGGAAGCAGAAGACAGACAGAGAGAAGAUGGAGAAGAGAGCACCACAGGAGAAGGAGAAGUACCAGCCCUCCUAUGAGACCACCAUCCUGACAGAGUGUUCUCCUUGGCCAGAGGUCAGCUAUGUCAACAACUCCCCAACUCCUGCCUUCAACAGCACCCACAACAGCUUCCCGGUGGCGGACGGUAAUGGCUCUCCCAGUCACCAGCUGGAGCCAGUGGUUCAGGGCACGGACGUAAGUAUCUCCUCAGGCCCACUACAGAAUCUGUUACCGACAGCGACACCGCAGGAGACCCAGCAGUGGCUGCUCAGGAACCGAUUCUCCUCCUUCUCUCGGCUCUUCACUAACUUCUCAGGGGCAGACCUGCUGAAGCUGACAAGGGAAGAUGUUAUUCAGAUCUGUGGUCCAGCAGAUGGAAUUCGGCUCUUCAACAUGCUGAAAGGCCGCUUGGUACGGCCACGGCUCACCGUCUACGUGUGCCAGGAAUCCCAGCAUGCUCAAGGGCAGCAGCAGAAACAGGAGAACGGACAUGUAGUUGGCAGCACCUUCUACGUGUACCAUGCCCUCUACCUGGAGGACCUGACCGUGGUGGAGCUGACGGAGAAGAUUGCCCGUCUCUUCAGCAUCUCCCUGCGACAGAUUGGCCACAUCUACAAGCAGGGCCCGACGGGCAUCCAUGUGCUGGUUAGCAACGAGAUGAUACAGAACUUCCUUGACGAGUCCUGUUUCAUAUUGGACACAAUGAAAGCUGGGAGUAAUGAGAGCUACCACAUCAUCUUGAAGUGAAGAAGGGCUGGAAGAGGAGAGGACACACACAGACACAUGCGCAGACUGUUCUAGAAGACCAUCCAGUGGCUCUCCUGUAAGGGCCUGGAAAGUGCUGUCACAGGUGGAUGAUGGGACUGAAGACGCACCUCAGUUUUUUACUUUGUUGGACUGGAUUGUGUGUUUCCCAGAGAGGUGCUCUGUGCAGUCCAGCCGAAACCCACAGCCUUCAGCUGUCUCUUCCUCACACCUUUUAUACCAGUCUGCUUUUGUUGUAGAUUAGCUCUUGUGUUCAUGUUUGGUGUUGGUUUGCUUUGCCUCUCAGCUGCUGCUCUGACUGCUCCUCUGAACAUUGGCACCCUCUGGCUGGCAGUGUGUACCUUCAGCAGUGUAGGCCCCCAGUUUAGUAGGAAAGGUGAUUUGCCUAUGUGGUAAAUGACACAGACAAAGCCUCUGAAUGCUAGCCUCAGAUCAGUCCAUAAGCACCACAGUGACACAAGCCCAAUCAGGAGGCAGUUCUCUGGGGGGGAAUGAGCAAGUGUGACAGGUGACUGUUGGUUGUAUUCUACAGGUGUGUAUUACAAGAAGAGAGCCGAGAACCACAGUAGAGACAUAGGAGAUGAGAGCAGACAGGCAUUGACAGGCAAACACUGUCCUCUCUGUAGGACACGGGCUCUGUGUGUGUAUGUAUGUGUGUGUGUGUGUG